CAUCCCUCUCCGCGGUGACGAUGGAACUACGCAAUUGGCCAGGGCGCGCUUGCCCGCCACCACGAGUCGGCCCUCUGGACAGCAAUAAUCACUGGAAGAUGAGCCGUGCGUGCCUGAAAACACUGCAGGUGGGCGUGGGUUCGCGUGCUCCGCAAAAUGGCCGCCUCCCCUGAAGCUGUACGAGAACGCGACCUGCAGAGGUUCCUCCAGCCAUGGCUGGACGCGCAGAGCCUGGCCUAUACCACCCUCACCUACAGAGGCUACCAGCCGCGAAGCUCCCGCGACAAAGCCCUCACUGCCUUCGCCCAGCUUGCCGCUCUGCGCUUAGAUGUCCGCCGGGCCAUGGUCUCGCUCAUAGACUCGAGUCGCCAGUACGUCCUUGCCGAAGCCACCAGGACCCUUUCGCUGUUCACUCAGAGCGCUGAGCGCGCGGAGGAUGAGAUAUGGCUCGGCAAUACCAUCAUAGCGAAAGCGGAGGCCAUGUGUCACCAUACCUUCGGCUCUACCUAUUCGGCUCCGGAAGAGGACGGGGACACAUAUCUGGCAGACGCCCUGGUCAUCCCGGACUGUCGCGACGACCCUCGCGUCUCAGCAUUCGACUAUGUUACGAGCGAGCCUGGUGUGCGCUUCUACGCAAGCGUUCCUAUUAUCACCAAGGCAGGACACAACAUAGGGGUUUACGCCGUGUCUGACGAUAAGCCUCGCCACGGUCUGAGUGCUUCCGAGGUCAGGUUCAUGCAGGAUGUCGCCGCCGCCGUUAUGGAACACCUGGAGCUGGCAAAGGACAGUGACGACCGCAACAAAGGGGAACGCAUGGUCCGCGGUCUUACUGAGUUUAUCGAGCGGUCUUCGAGGCAGGAAGCUCGCGGCACUGGCAACCGGCCCACGACAAUGGAGAAGCAAACCGAGAACGCUCGGCUUCAGGCAAUUGCAGACGAGGUCCACGCUGGCGGAAUGGCGCCCACCACGAGGCAGCCACAGCGCAAACACGAGACGGAACAGGAAUCGGAUUCCGCACAGAUGUUCCAACGCGCCGCACGCAUUAUACGCCAGUCCACGCGCGCAGAUGGAGUUGUCUUCUUUGACACGUCGGCCGCGCGUAUCAGUCAUCAUGUCCUUGAGGCUUCCAGUGCAACAGCGAGCAGCGAUGAGAAUUCGUAUUCUUCGACAACUGGCUCUACAAGGCGGAGACGGGAUAAAGGUGGUACGCCAUCAACCAACGGAACCAGUACCGCCACUGAAGGAUCUGGGAGCAGUCUGGGCAUUUUGUCAGAUGAUGAUAGCAAAUGCUGUCCGGUGGUUGGGCUAUCCCUGCAUUUCGAUGCCGCAACUGUCUGCGAGGAAGACUUUUCUUUUACGGAAGCGUCCAUGGAUCGCUAUAUUCGUCGAUACCCCUAUGGUAAAUUCUUCAAUUUCGAUGCUGAAGGAAUAGGAAUCGCUUCGAGCGACGAACCGUCGGAGAGAUCUGAACCAGAGCAUUCAGAGAAACUCGUUACAUCGAAUGGAGCACCGCGAAGACCGAGGAAAAGAAAAGAGCGAUUCAUCCCAACCGAGUUUCUGAAGGUUCUUGCCAACGUCAGAAGUCUUAUUUUUCUACCGCUCUGGGACCCAGCAUCAGAGAGAUGGGUGGCUGGCGGCUUCAUCUGGACCAUGGCCACUGGACGGCUGAUGAGCCCUGAGAAUGAGCUUCCCUAUUUGAAGGCGUUCGGCAAUACUAUUACGAGCGAAAUUGCGCGCAUGAAUGCCCAAAAGUCCGACCGCGCUAAAAGUACCUUUAUCGCCUCAAUAUCGCACGAGCUGCGCUCUCCGCUGCAUGGCAUUCUAGGCUCCGUCGAAUUCUUGCGCGAUACAGUGUCCUCUGCCUAUCAACAGACGCUUGUCUCGUCAAUCGAAACCUGCGGCAAGACAUUAUUGGAUACGAUAGAUCACGUGCUCGACUAUGCGAAGAUCAAUAAACUGCGAAAUGCAGGCACCCGUCGAAAGCAGCGCGGUGGAGGGCGCAAGCUCCCUGCCGAUAACUCCAUCCUUGGCGUUACCACUGUCUUCAAUCUGGCACAGCUUGUAGAAGAGGUCUGCGAUACGGUCUGCGCAGGACACACGUUCCGCAAAACGCACGAUAUAUACAAUAUUGCCUUCCAUGAUCAAGGCAGUCGAUCGAGAGCCAAUAGCUCGAGAGAUGAGAAUGCCAGGUCCUCUGACCCCUUGUCUACCGAUCAAACCAAAGACCGAGUGGUGGUGACGUUGAAUGUCGCCCCCUUUCUUCAUUGGAUCGUUCGGUCUCAACCGGGGGCUCUACGAAGAGUUGUGAUGAAUCUUCUAGGUAAUGCAUUGAAGUACACGGAAACCGGAUUUAUCACGGUCUCGCUCCUGCAGGAUCAGGAGAGCAGAAACGAUCCGCAUGCGGUCGAGUUCACCUUAAUCGUUGAAGACUCCGGCAAGGGCAUGUCCACCGAGUUCCAGCAGACCAAGCUGUUCGCACCCUUCAGCCAAGAAGACCCUUUCGCAAACGGGACCGGCCUCGGACUCAGUAUUGUGAAGCAAAUCGUCGAAUCUCUGAAAGGCGAAGUAGGCGUCCAGAGUACUGUGAAUGUUGGUACGAAGGUCGUAGUGUCCCUGAAGCUUCCAACGGGAGCAGUGGAGCACGCCCGAACGAGUCAGACAUUGACUGAGUCUCCGAAGGAGCUGAAGGGCAUGACUACUAGCAUUAUUUUCCCCUCAGACAGUCUGGGCGGAGUUGGUGAAAAGUUGCGCGAGUCUAUGGUCAUGAGCUGCGUAGGCUUUUACAUGGAGACUUCCGAAGAGCUGGAUUUGGCUACUUUCCAGCCCGACUUCCUGCUCACGGAGCCGAUUUCACUCAUGCAAAUCAUAGAAAGACAAGCAGCAAACAACUCGGACGGGCCUGCUCUCGCUGUAAUCUGCGUCUGUACCGACCCCGCGGAGAAGACUGCAGUGGAAUCGCGAAUCCGACAAUAUUCAAAACUUGGCUGGGUUGUUGAGGUGGUUGCGCAACCAUGUGGCCCACGAAAAUUAGCCAAGAUUCUCCUAGACGGAAAAGAGCGCGCGUCACACAAAGUCGAGAGUAUACAGGUCAGCACAGAAUCUGGGCGUGGUACAGCGGACGAUCAGCAACCUCCUAGUGAACCAAAGGUCCCAGUUCGACGUAGUAUGAGUGACAUGGUCCGAGGAAGCAGCACCAUACCUCGCACCGUCGCCGGGCCUCAUUCACCUCUGAUAUCGGCCACCAUGCCCGUCGCAUCAACCGGUCUGCCACCCCUCGCCGAAUCAGACAUACUGGACACACCAGCGAGCGAAGGACCCAGCGAGUACUUCACACCCCGCGUUCUCCUCGUCGACGACAAUGCCAUCAACCUCAAGCUCCUCGUAGUCUUCGCGGGGCGCCAAAAUCUCCGCUUCGAAGAAGCCACGAACGGCCUGGAAGCGUUUGAGAAAUACAAGAGUGAAGCGCUGGCGUCCAGCCCGCCGUCCAAACCCUUCGACUUCGUGCUCCUGGACCUUUCUAUGCCUGUUAUGGGCGGCCUGGAGUCGACGCGCAAGAUAAGGCAGUUCGAGGACGAGCAUAACAUCCAGCGCAGCCAUAUUGUGGCGCUGACGGGCCUAGGGAGCGCGCAAGACCAGCAGGAUGCAGUGGAUGCCGGCGUCGAUAUGUAUCUCGUUAAGCCGGUCAAGUUUGCGGAUCUCAAGCGGUUGUUUGGGAGUAGGUGAUUAUACAUACGGUCAGCAGGGGGUAUACAUACGGACUUAGGCUUCGGUUUCAUGGGCUCGAUGAUGAUUGCUAGGACGCACUUUAGAUUAACGAGGUAUGCACUAUUGAGCUUGAGGGUGGGGAUGGCAGCCCUUGAUGGUGCACAGCGUUAUUGCGCAAGUUCCAUUGAAACCGUGAGCUUGAUGGCUACUCCUGUUCUUCCUCUCUGCUCUCGUCUUGUUAGCUUACAUAAGCACCAUCAUCAAACUACUCUGAAUCAA